GAUUUUGAUAAACAAAUGUAACAUGGUCCGUGAUAGUAGAAGAAAUGCACAAAGUUAAGUCGAAAUAAUGCAGAGGUUGAGAUGGGCAGAUCACGUGCCGUCCACGUGGACGAAACGGUUCCCGGUCAAGCACCGCCAAGUGGCAACGGUAGCAUUGAUCCCGAUUCCGAAGGCCUACCUCUCCUCUUUCCCCUUGGACAGGCGGAUUUCUCGAUUUCUCCCAACUGUUCAAAUCUCUCCGAAUUCAUCCAUUUCUCCUCCAAUUCAAUCUCCCAUGGGAUCUCCCGACAAAUCCGCUCGCAUUCCCGAUGACGCCAGGAAGAUUCUCGUCCGCAUGGCGUCGGAGUGGCGCGACAUCGUCGAUCCUGAGGCGCUGCAGGUGGUGCCGCUCAAAGGAGCCAUGACCAACGAGGUCUACCAGAUCAAAUGGAUUAGGAAUUCCAGCGCCGAUGAGCCGCUUCCGAGAUCGAAGAAAGUGCUGGUCAGGAUUUAUGGUGCCGGGGUGGAUGUGUUCUUCGAUCGUGAGAAUGAGAUACGCACGUUUGAGUUCAUGUCCAAGCAAGGCCAGGGGCCAAGGCUGCUCGGACGCUUCGCUAAUGGCCGUGUCGAGGAGUUCAUUCACGCUCGGACACUUGUAGCGGCUGAUUUGCGUGACCCUGAAAUAUCUGGUAUAAUAGCUUCUAAAAUGAAGGAAUUUCACUGCCUGGAUAUGCCUGGGUCUAAGAAGAUUGUCCUCUGGGAUAGACUGCGAAAAUGGGUUAAAGAAGCCAACCGUGUUUCUUCGCCUCAAGAAGCCAAGAAAUUUCGCUUAGAUGUCCUGGAAGCUGAAAUAUCGGCUCUGGAAAAGAAUCUCUCUAGCAAUGAUUGUAUAGGGUUCUGUCACAAUGAUUUGCAAUAUGGUAACAUUAUGAUGGAUGAAGAAACCAGAUCAAUAACCAUAAUUGAUUAUGAAUAUGCAAGCUACAACCCUGUCUCCUUUGACAUUGCCAAUCAUUUUUGUGAGAUGGCUGCUGACUAUCAUACUGAAACUCCUCAUGUCUUGGAUUAUAGUAAAUAUCCAGAUUGGAAGGAGCGUGAGAGAUUCUUGCAUACCUAUCUGGCUGCUUCAGGAAAACAACCUAGUGACUCAGAGGUGAAGAAAUUAGCUCAGGAAGUGGAGAAGUAUACUCUUGCUAGCCAUCUUCUUUGGGCGCUAUGGGGAUUAAUCUCGGCGCAUGUCAACGAAAUUGAUUUUGACUACGUAGAGUAUGCAAGACAAAGAUUUCAAGUUUACUGGGGAAAGAAAUGUGAAGUACUGGGAGCUUCAGCUCAACAAAAAUCAUAGUUGAUGGCGAUAAUUGUUCAUUUUCAAAAAAAAAGAUGUACUAUAAUUGUCUAUGUGUUGUUUUAGUCAGUGGAUGAAUGUUUUGAAAUGCUUUAGAACUGUGAAUUGCAUUUACAAGUAGCUAGUCUAUAUCAAUUGAGAUUUACCUUUUUGUAAAGAUAUUUGUUUUCUUCAUUUGUACAGUGAUAGUACCUAAAAUUCCACUCCA